CGGGCACUUGCCUUUCGCCCCGUUAAGGGCUGCUGGCUCUUCGGCGAGACAAGGGAGGGGGAGACUUCCCUGCUUUGGGCGGGGGCAGCGAGGCGGGUGUCAGCCCGGGAGCGCCGCAGUCGCUGCCUUCAGGGACUUUCUCUCGCGCCCUCUGGACCGCCGGCUGAAACGUCCGGCGACGCUGGCGCCGAUUGUCUCUCCGCGCAGCCCGCCAUGGCCCAGGCCAAGAUUAGCAGCGCCGCCAAGAGCGGCGGCGGCGGCGAGGUAGUCCAGCAAGCCGGCGGGGGGCAGCUCCGAGGCCGCUUCUUUCGCUCCACCUCCAUGGCGGACCGCUCCAGCCGCCUGCUCGAGAACCUCGACCAGCUGGAGCGGAGGGUUGAAGCUCUGCGUGAUGCAGCAUCUUCUAUGGAGCAAGAGAAGGAAAUCCUUCUGGAAAUGAUCCACAGCAUUCAAAACAGCCAAGAUAUGAGGAACAUUAGUGAAGGUGAAAGGGAAGAACUCAAUUUGACUGCCAAACGCCUGAUGGGCAGAACCCUCACUGUUGAGGUUUCUGUAGAGACUAUCCGGAAUCCUCAGCAGCAGGAAUCUCUGUUGCAUGCUACACGGAUGAUUGAUGAAAUUGUUGGAAAACUUCUGGAUGAUCUGGAAGACUCCAGGAGCCGCUUAAUGUCACUUUAUGGUGCAUGUACUUCUGAAGUGCCAUCUGGACCCAUUGACCAGAAAUUCCAGUCUGUUGUCAUUGGAUGUGCUAUAGAAGAUCAGAAGAAAAUCAAAAGACGGCUAGAGACUUUGCUUAGAAAUAUAGCAAACUCUGAAAAAUCCAUCAUGCUGUUAGAGCAUCAGAAGGUAACUGCAAGGCAGCUCUGCAACAAUGGAAAGGAUUAAAAGCUGUUGAACACAAUGAUCAAAAUGAAUGUUUCCGUAAAACGCACAAAGGCAAACAAAUUAAAACCAUUCAACUCUAAGUUUAGGGGGCUUGUUAAGGCAAAUCUCAUAACCUGGAAUUUGAAGAAACAGAGGCCCCUCUAUGUCUGUAUAGCUCUUUAAUCUAUUCUUGGGCUUUCAGAGCACUCAGAGGUAAAGUUGGAAAGAGAGAAUUCAGGAACAAUAGCCUUACCUUACUCUUGGGGUAAAGUGUCUCUGCUUUCAUCAAAGAUAAAAUGAAUACUAAUUAGUGUGUGCUCAUACAGAGCACUUAUUCUGUGGCAGCUACAGAGUUCAGCUAGUGCAAGAACCAUAGAAACACAUGAACAUUCAGCAGUUUUUGUUCCCCACAUGGGGCUGAGUAGUUUGGUGACCUGUUGGUGUUAACAUGUCAGUAGGACAUUGUAGCUGUAUUUGAGGAUAUGAGCAGUAAAAGUAGACAUUUAACAGUCUACUAACUUUUUAUAAGUUGCUUCAUGUGAAUAGAACUAUAGGUUCCAUAGAAUGAGCUACUUAACUCUCAUAUACACUAUAUAGUUACUACCCCAAGCCAAAGUCGAAUAUAGUUUGGGGUAGCAGUGUCCCAAAACAAGUCUGUGGGUACGAUAGCAGAAGAAAGUGUUUCACAGUACCAAGCACCCAGAGCCUGAAAACACUUUCAUGUGGAGGUAGAAUGUUUCUUUUGAGUAGGUGCUUGGCUCAAACAGGAAGCACUUAGCAAAAACCAAUAGAUUUCUGGAGUUUUGUGCUCUGGCUGCUUUAUUUUUCUUUCUUUCCCCAAAACAAAAAUUAAAUGGUAAGUGGCCUUAACUUUGGGGACACAGCCACCUACACACUAGUAAACAACAUCUUAAGAGGACUUAAUUGUACAGCCACUUUGGUUUGAAUUCCUUAAAGAACUCUGCACCUCGGGAUAGGAUUUUACCUCAUUACCUAGAUGAUAUUUUUAAUAUUUGUAAAAUUAGUUGUUGUUGUUAAACUCUGGAAGCUAGUUAGUACCUAUUUUGCUCUUUCAGUUCUCUAGGAAGCCUUCAAUCUCAAUGGUCCUAUACAAAAAUGUUACCCACUAUGUUCCCCCCACCCUCCCGGUAGUGAAUGAAUCUGUAUACAUAAGACAGACUGUGGAAUUGGAAGAUUGCUGCAACAGGUGUGAAAGAAAAUUUGAUGUGCACUUUUUUCUUGCUGUAAAUCCAUAAAUAAAGUAGAUUGCACUCUGCACUGUAAAUAUA